GACCGCUGUUCUCACGCAUGCGCUCUCGGGUCAGUCUUUUCGGACCCCUUGCUUCUCCGCGCUAGAGUCGGUGUCUUGACCUCCGGCGACUUCGGGUUGCGAUGCUGUCUUUCUCUUUGCUCUGGGCCACUCGGCCUCUGUGGAGACACGGUCAGCUGGCCAGCAUGGCCAUGCGGUGCCGGCACAGUGAAGCAGCCCAGACCCAGACUGGAGAAGCAAGCAGGGGCUGGACAGGCCAGGACAGUCUGUCAGACAGUGACCCUGAGAUGUGGGAGCUGCUGCAGAGGGAGAAGGACAGGCAGUGUCGUGGCCUGGAGCUCAUUGCCUCAGAGAACUUCUGCAGCCGAGCUGCGCUGGAAGCCCUGGGGUCCUGUCUGAACAACAAGUACUCGGAGGGUUAUCCUGGCAAGAGAUACUAUGGGGGAGCACAGAUAGUGGAUGAAAUCGAGCUGCUGUGUCAGCGCCGGGCCUUGGAGGCCUUUGACCUGGAUCCUGCAAAGUGGGGAGUCAAUGUCCAACCUUAUUCGGGGUCCCCAGCCAAUCUGGCUGUCUACACAGCCCUUCUGCAACCUCACGACCGGAUCAUGGGGCUGGACCUGCCGGACGGUGGCCAUCUCACCCACGGCUACAUGUCUGAUGUCAAGCGGAUCUCAGCCACAUCCAUCUUCUUUGAGUCCAUGCCCUAUAAGCUGAAUCCCCAAACCGGCCUCAUUGACUACGACCAGCUGGCAGUCACUGCUCGACUCUUCCGGCCCCGGCUCAUCAUUGCUGGUACCAGUGCCUAUGCCCGCCUCAUUGACUACGCCCGCAUGCGGGAGGUGUGUGAUGAGGUCAAGGCGCACCUGAUGGCAGACAUGGCCCACAUCAGUGGCCUGGUGGCCGCCAAGGUGAUCCCCUCACCUUUCGAGCAUGCGGAUGUCGUCACCACGACCACUCACAAGACCCUUCGAGGGGCCAGGUCAGGACUCAUCUUCUACCGGAAGGGGGUGCAGUCUGUGGACCCCAAGACUGGCCGGGAGAUCCCUUAUAAGUUUGAGGACCGGAUCAACUUUGCUGUGUUCCCGUCCCUGCAGGGGGGCCCCCACAACCAUGCCAUUGCUGCCGUGGCCGUGGCCCUGAAGCAGGCCUGCAGCCCCAUGUUCCGGGAGUACUCCCUGCAGGUUCUGAAGAAUGCUCGGGCCAUGGCGGACGCCCUGCUAGAGCGAGGCUAUUCGCUGGUGUCCGGUGGCACCGACAACCACCUGGUGCUGGUGGACCUGCGGCCCAAGGGCCUGGAUGGGGCGCGGGCGGAGCGGGUGCUGGAGCUCGUGUCCAUCACAGCCAACAAGAACACCUGUCCUGGGGACCGGAGUGCCAUCACGCCCGGGGGCCUCCGGCUCGGGGCACCGGCCUUGACCUCUCGGCAGUUUCGAGAGGAUGACUUCCGGAGGGUUGUGGCGUUUAUAGAUGAAGGGGUCAAGGUUGGCUUGGAUGUGAAGAGCAAGACCACCAAACUGCAGGACUUCAAAUCCUUCCUGCUCAGUGACCCAGAAACUAGGCAACGGCUGGAUGACCUCAGGCAGCGGGUGGAGCAGUUUGCCCGGGCUUUCCCCAUGCCCGGCUUCGAUGAGCACUGAAGGCACCGAGGCGAUGAGGCUCAGAGACUGAAAUCAUUCUCCUUCCCUCACCUGCACCAGCGGAGGGGUCAGCCCUCUCCCAGCUUUUUGCCGGUGGAGAGAAGGCCUCUCACUUGGGGGAAGAGCCAAAUGCAGUUCCCUUCGCAGCAUUUGUAGCGGACAUUCCUUUUUGUAAAAAAACUUAGGAGGAGGCCGGAGGGCUCUCUGCCCUGCGGGCUCCCCUCAUCUCAGUGUUACGGCCUCCCCGGCCUCCCCGUUCUUUCUCGGGGACAGGGGGUCACCCUCGUGAGCCAGAGGAAGGGGUGGGUAGACGCCCCCCUUUCUGUUUUUAUCUAAUAAAAUGCUAGCCUGACCCGAGCGCCUAUUACUGCGGGAGCCGUCCCCUGGGCCAGGCGGUGAUUUGUCUCC